CACGGCACAUCUCUGUCGCUAUUGUGCUUUGCCGGCGCUCACGAAGCCCUAGCGCUCGCGCUCUCUCUGUCUCUCUCUGCAUAUAUGUACAUGUAAUAGCUAUAUUCUAAAAUAUCUAGGUGGCUGCCGCCUACCUGGCUGGUGUGAUAAGUUACGGAAUCUAACAGUCUUUUUUGUUUCUUCGAGGAAGGUUUCGAAGCCUGUUAAUUCUGCUAGGAUUUCCUGGAAAAAUCAGCUCAACUUGUUAUACUAUAAGGAUGACCAACUGCAAUUAUAUACUGAAGGAAUGCGAAAUUGUGUAAAUUUAUUUCCCGUUACUGCUGCUAAUUAGCGGAACUUCAGAUCACUUUUUAUAGUAAAUGGAUCGCUGUGAUACUUCGGGAUUCGUGAGUGGUGGUUGGGAGUACUUUUUUAGAGACAUCUAAUCGUAGCUUUGUCACUAAUUUCUGUAAGCCCGGAAGUCAGGCAGACUGUUCUUUGCAAUUGAGUCUUGAAUUAAAUAAGUGUUGUGUCUUUUAACUAUUUGUUCAUGGAUGCUAGAUCCCACAAUUUGGGUUUUGCUGCUAACCCGGUAUCUAAUGCGUUCAAAAAUUCAAGCAAUUCCAUCCAAAAUGGAGGAUCAGGAGCUGGAGGUGUUUGUUAUGCUGAUAGAACCUUACGACUUGAUUCGCCUGCCUUUCCACUCCCUUUGACAUCUGCUCCUAAGGGAGUCAAACGGAAAUGUAUCAGUGGAUCUGUGGACCAGGAAAUCGGAUCUUCAUUAUGUCUCCUCCUGGGCCAUUCUGCCAGUUCUUCCGACAGUAAAGGCAGCACAGUGACUGCAUGCACCUCAUUAUCUUCAGCUAAAGAAACUGAAGGAGAGUCCACAAUGGAUGUAGAACUGGAUUUCACUCUCCAUCUUGGCCGUGAGAAGUCACAAAGCCCAAAACUGUCAGCCGGCCCCUCUCUGAAAUCGCUUGAUGAAUGCCCUAAGGUUGAUUUGGAGCUCAGCCUUUCCAGUGGGCCUGCUGAAUCUGAUAUCACAAAUAUUCAUCAAAGUUCCACUGCAUCAAAAAAUAUCCUCAAGAUUCCAAUUAGCGAUGGAGCUUUAAACAUACAUAAAGGAUCAACAGUAAGUCCAUUUUGUCCAUUGCAGACUACUCUGGACAUGGAAACAGGCUACUUUCUCACCAAGGCUCUAGGCCAAACUAAGCCAGCCACAAUCUUAAAAGAUAUCUCCUCAAGUGUCAUAACAACGCCAAAAAGCACAGUCACCUGUACUUCCGGGGCAACACAGCAACAACUGCAGCAUCGUAUUACUAGUAGUAGUAGUACUAAACAGUGUCAGUUUCAGGGAUGUUUGAAGGGAGCAAGAGGUGCUUCUGGUCUUUGUAUAGCUCAUGGUGGUGGUCGAAGGUGUCAGCGCCCUAAUUGCCAUAAAGGAGCUGAGGGUCGUACUGCAUUCUGCAAGGCUCAUGGUGGUGGUCGACGUUGCGAAUUUCUAGGAUGUACAAAAAGUGCAGAAGGACGUACAGACUUUUGCAUAGCUCAUGGUGGUGGCCGUCGCUGCAGCCAUGAGGGUUGCACUCGUGCAGCCAGAGGAAAAUCUGGGUUAUGCAUUCGACAUGGUGGUGGCAAGAGAUGCCAGAGAGAGAACUGCACAAAGAGUGCCGAAGGCCUUUCUGGCCUUUGCAUAUCGCAUGGAGGUGGCCGCCGAUGUCAGUAUCCUGAAUGCGCUAAAGGGGCUCAGGGAAGCACAAUGUUUUGCAAGGCUCAUGGCGGUGGCAAACGCUGCACUUAUUUAGGGUGCAACAAGGGUGCAGAAGGAAGCACACGUUUCUGCAAGGGCCACGGUGGAGGGAAGCGCUGUUCAUUCCAAGGUGGGGUUUGCCCAAAGAGUGUACACGGAGGGACUCUUUUCUGUGUAGCACACGGGGGCGGAAAGAGGUGUGCUGUCCCAGAUUGCACAAAGAGUGCUAGGGGGCGUACUGACUUUUGUGUCCGUCAUGGUGGGGGUAAGAGGUGUAAAUUUGAAGGGUGUAAAAGAAGUGCUCAAGGCAGCACUGAUUUCUGCAAGGCCCAUGGUGGAGGAAAGAGAUGCUCUUGGGGUCAGCCUGGUUCUGAAUUUGGAAGAAGUGACAGUCCUUGUAACUCAUUUGCUAGGGGGAAGACAGGACUCUGCACAUCUCAUGGUAUCCUGGUCAAGGACAAAUGGGUUCACAGUGGUGCUAUUAUAGGAUCUGUCUUCCUGGAGUCCAAGUCCAACCAACUUGCUAAGAUGAAUGGCAUUUUAGCUGCUGAGGAUGAGAGUAUUAACAUCACAAAGAUUGAAAAUAGUGUUGUGACUUCCGCCAACAGUUGGAAUUACUCUGCUUUCGGGAAAGAUCAUCUGCAUAUUGGAGGCAGCUCAUCUCUGGGUACAAUCCCAGAAGGAAGGGUGCAUGGAGGAAACUUGAUAGCAACGUUCAUGGGCAGUUCUGGUAUCGACUUCACUAGCCGUAGAGACAUGGUCAGUCCAUCCGAGCCAGCAAAAUCUUUCAGGACACAUCAGACCAUGAUUUAAGAAAGAUUUGUUAUCCUGUUUCUCUAAUUUGGUGGUUUAAAAUCACAGUUUCUAUGCAUGUACUUGUGUCUGUAUUGCAUUAUGUCCGUUUAGUGAUUUGAAUAUAAUAAACUCCUCUCUCCUAUUUGUUUAGUAAGGAAGUCUUCAUAUUGCCAUUAAGCUUUUGUGGCAAGAAGGAGAAAUCAACUUAGCUGCUUAGCUUUCUGAGAAGGGGUUAUCCCUUCUUUUUCCUUUUUUCAUGUAGAAAAUUGCUUUUUCAUCCAUCAACUUUUACAUGAAUCUCUUGUAUAGAGGCAAAUGGAUAUUCUGUUAUUAAUGUUUCUGGCUCGAUGCAUUCCCUUCAUAAUGAAUCUUAUCUGUUUUCUA